AAAUAUAACGAUUUAGGAACGAAUAAGUAUAAUAUAAUUUCUCCGUUGUGAUAAUCUUUUGGAGAGCGGCACAGCGCCACCUGUUGGGGUUCCCCUUUGAUCACCAUGGAAACGGAGCAGCGCGCGGAUAAACAAGAUGGAGGCGGACGCGUCUCGCGGACACCCAGCGGAGACGUUUCGCUCCUACGAGGAUUUGCUGGAUAAUCACGUUAAGCCCCUCGAUCUGUUUUACCUGGAGGAUGAGGAGUUGGCACGUCAGCUGGUGCAACUGGGCUAUAGGGGUAGCAGAAAAGUCAUGACGAGGGAGGACUUUGAGAGGGCGAAAGCAGUGGCAGAGGAGGAGUCCAGGCUCGCUAGGAGUGAGCAGCAACAGCAGCCAUUGGCCAGCAUGGGUACAGACUUGGAGGACAACUUCCUGAGAGCCCUGGCAGAGAGGGAGGAGCCUAACAGGAGUGGGAAAAUGACUUCUAUUAUCUUCAUUAGGGAUCACAAUUUUCUAGGACAUGAAAUAUCUGGGUACAUAGACUACUGCCACAGACUGAAAACUGAAGACUUCAGACAGUAUUUCAAAAGAACUAAGAAACUUUUGCCAAGAUCAACUGACUUAAGUUUCUACAAUUGGAACACACAUAUUUGUACCACCAACUCAAGUCCAAAUUUUGAAGUCUGGACCGAGGAUUUAGGUGGCUUGCUCUUUGUAAACAAGAGAGACCAAAAAAUCCUGAAUGUGGAUCCACAGGCUAAACCUGGGGACAGCUCCUUACGGACCCCCCUCCGGUCGGAUCUCUACCUUCAAGUUCUCAUCUUUGAUCAUAUUACCAGAAGGAAGAUAUAAGAUAAUGUGACUUCCUUUAUGCUUAGAAUUGCUGCACUCUGAGCAGUUAUUUAAUAUAAACUUUAUUUUGGGCGAUUUCCAAAAUUCUACUUACAAGAUCUGCAUUCUGGGACAGAGUAAUGUCUUAUAAGGAAUUUUUAAGUGAAAAGAAAGAAAUCACAUUAGGUCAGGGCUAUUCAACUCAGGCCCUCGAUUCCAAAUCCAGGCCUUGUUUUCAGUUCUCCCAGGUAGUUAGUUUAUUAAUUACUGAUUCUGAUUGGU